ACAUACUGGAUUCCAUGGCCAAGGCAGUCCAGAGAGCUUCGGUCGUACUGGUUUGCAUGAGUCAUAAAUUCAAAGAAAGUCAACACUGUCGUACAGAAGCGACUUACGCCUACACCCUAAAGAAAGACAUAAUUCCCCUGAUGCUUCAAGAUCAAUUCACACCAGAGGACUGGCUCGGUGCCCUCAUGGGAAUGAAGAAGUAUUACCCUAUGUUUUCAGACGAUCGCAUGAAACAGUGCCUACCCGAUCUGGUCUCUGAGCUAAGCGAUAGAGGCAAACGUGAGAAACUAGAUCUGGUCGUGCCGUUGCUUGAUCAGGUCACAGGUGCAAGCAAUCCAACAGCCCAUGCUCAAAGGCAAGGGGGUGGAACAGCGGAAGAUGACGUAGACUGCAGUGGAGGAAUCAAAGAUGACAAACCAACAGGCAAUGAAGACGGGGGGAAUUCCCGCCCACAGAAAGCGGUAGAUCUUGUCACAUGGGAUGAAGAAGAAGCGGGAGAAUGGCUGAGAUCGCAUGGCGUUGAUACGAGCAAGGAUAGUUUCAAGAAAGUAGAUGGCACCCGCUUGAAGCAGAUCAAGCAGCUGCUAAAUCUGGCUCCAGAAUUUUGCCUGACGUCUCUGAAAGAAGAAUUCGGUCUUGGCAUAUGGGACGUCCUCUCGCUAGUAGAUGCGUUGAAGAAGCUCUCAAUUUGAAGAAUUUAAGCAAAUAGGAAAUAUAAAUGCUGAAAGGAUUACAAUGGGAGCGGCGCGAACACCGUCACAAACUUCAAAAUGAUUUUCAAAGCAACGAAAACAGAGACAGAAAUAACGUUUAAAAUACCGUCUGUUGAAAUUAUUCGUUCGUCUGAACAUUAAUCAGUAAGAACUUGAUGAGCAAUUCGUUGAACUACUGAGUUGGUAUGAGAGGAAUUAUCCCCGCGUAGAAAAGAAGAAAAAAAGAGAGGCGUCAACAUAGAAUAUCGUCAAUAUUACAGGAAGCACACUUUGGAUACUAGCAAAUAACCGGUUUUCAUGAUUAUAAAUAGAAAAAAGGGGGAAUUUUAGCCAUCAAUAUCAACACGUAUGUAAAUGGUUUUAAAAAUCUAGAUAUCCCACGUAAAAAGUGAGAACGCGUCCUUUUAAAACUGAAAACUACUGGCAUCGGCCGGGAAUCGAACUCUAUCGCUUGCGUAACAGGCAGGCAUUCCUCCACUGAACCACCGAUGUUUACGUUGGAUAGUUUUAUUUCUGUCAAUUCAUUUUGUUACCUCUUUAAAUGCUGGAAACACUUAUUAUUGUGUGUAACUUACCUUUUCAUAGAGAAUACGGAGGCAGGAAGAUGGAGGUUUACCUUCUAUGCCAACGAAUAAAACAGAAUGCUUUAAACAUAGCCCCCUAGUGUCUUCAUUAAUAGCAUGGAAUCAAUUUGACAGAUCAUUGAAGAAAAACAAGGCCCCCUCUGUGAGCACUUUUAAAUACAUGUUCAAACACUCUUGUAAUGUCCGUUCCCAAUAAAAGAGAAUGCCGAGGGGUUUCUUUUCCG